ACGACGGACCGGCGGCAGCGCGAGAGGCUGGCGCUGUCCAUGGAGUUCGAGGAGUCGACGCGCGCCAAGGUGAUGCACGGCCAGGCGCGCGCCCUGGCCGAGGCCUCGGUGCGGUCCGUGCACCUGGACCUGCUGCGGCGCAGAGAGGCGCUGCGGAAGAUGCUCGUGGCCGAGGGCCUGCAGACGGAGGGCGAGCUAAGUGAGCAGGCCGCCCGCGCCAUGGUGGACCGCCUGCAGGAGGCGCGGACCCACGCUGCCGUGCUCAAGCAGCGCACCGAGCAAGACCGCCAGAAGGUGGUGGCGUCGUGCCUGGAGAAGCAGGACCGCGAGCGCAUCGAGCCGCUGCGUCUGGCCGAGCGCGCCGCGCUCACGCUGGCCUGCAAGGAGGUCAACCUGGGUCAGAUGAGGGACAAGCACGAGCAGAGCGAGGCGCGCCGCGAGGAGCAGCGCCUGCAGAACGCGCUGCAGCUCAAGACCCUCCAGGCGCAGAUGGCGCGCGAGGAGCAGGAGGCCUGUGACGAGCUGGCCCGCAAGAAGGCGCUGUGCGACGCCCUGCAGCAGCAAGUGGAGUACCAGCGUCAGCGCGGCGACCGCCUCAAGGAGGAGGAGAUGGCUGAGGGGACGCAGCGACUCAACCGGCUGCGGGAGGAGCUGCACCAGGAGCGCCUGGCCGGUACGAGAUCCCCGCCCCUGUCUAGCGCUGCCCCCCUCGCACUCAUACAGGCGGGAGAGACAGAGCUCGGCUGAUGACGGCCGUCGUGUCCUCCCCCAGGGCUGGCGCGGCGGCGCCGCCAGCGCGAGGAGCUGCAGCAGCUGUUCACCGAGCAGAUCAAGC